AUGAUCAAGCAUCAAAAGUCGUGGAUUUCAAGAUUGUUUGGUCUUCUUCACCUACAAGUUCAAAUUACAAGUCCUAUUUUAGCACUCCAGAGUUUAUUGAAUUUCCAACACAAUUUUCUGGUGAGAAGGCGUAUGCGUACUAUUAUCCCCCCACAAAAUCCAAAGUAUCAAGCGAGUCAAGAAGAAAAACCACCAUUGCUAUUGCAGACUCAUGGAGGACCUACAGAUGAAGCACAUGGAAUCUUGAAUCUAAAUAUUCAAUUUUGGACUAGUCGUGGUUGGGCUUUUGUAGAUGUGAAUUAUGGUGGAAGCACCGGUUAUGGUCGAAAGUUUCGUGAAAGACUUUUGAAGCAAUGGGGUAUAGUUGAUGUCAACGACUCUUGCAGUUGUGCUCAAUUUUUGGUAGACAAUGGAAAGGUAGAUGGUGAAAGACUUUGCAUCACGGGGGAGUCUGCUGGUGGUUACACAACAUUGGCUACACUUGCUUUCAAGAAUACAUUCAAGGCUGGAUCUUCUUUGUAUGGUAUAGCUGACUUGAAGUCGUUGAAAGAAGAAAUUCCCAAGUUUGAAUCCUACUACAUAGAUAAUCUUGUUGGGAGUGAAAAAGAUUUCUUUGAGAGCUCUCCUAUUAAUUAUGUUGAUCAGUUUUCUUGCCCUAUCAUACUCUUUCAAGGAUUAGAAGACAAGGUUGUAUCCCCAGAGCAAGCAAAGAAAAUCUACAAAGCCUUGAAAUCAAAAGGAUUGCCUGUUGCACUUGUGGAAUAUGAAGGAGAACAACAUGGUUUUCGCAUGGCUGAAAAUAUUAAAUUUACACUUGAACAACAAAUGGUGUUUUUCUCACGUUUGGUGGGACAUUUUAAGGUGGCUGACGAAUUCACACCCAUAAAAAUUGAUAACUUCGACUAGAGGUCCCACUAGUGAAUUCGGUUGUUGGUAGGUAUUGUUGGAUGAAUUUGGUUAAAGGUUGUUGGUACUUGGUAUUCACCACUAAACAUGGUCUAAGAGUGUCUCUUCAAUGGUUAAUUAGCUUUUUGUUUGUAACUUGUUCAAACUUCUUGCCACAUGUGUCAACUCGACAAUCAGAUCGGAGAAGAAUAUCAUAUUUUCACCAUAACAAAAAUCAGAGCAAACAAAAUGCUUAUCCAUUUUUAUGGUUUAUUAUUUUUGCCAUGUAGGAUUGCUAGUGACUUCAUUUGGAGGGAAAAAAUACAUCUAUAAAUAUCAUCUUCAAUACGGAAGCUUGUUUUCCAACAAUUACCUAUUUAUCUAUAUUUAUUUGAAAUAUUUAUCGUUUUUUAGAGUAUUUAGUAUUUAUGAUGUAUUAUGUUCUGUGGCCCAUUGCAUACUUAGCCCACAUUGUGCUAGCUCUUUUCCUUAUGUUGUAAUUAAAUAUUGAUGGUUUAUUCUUGGGAAAAUAAUCUGUAACAAUGUUGUUAGGCUUCUUCCUACACCAAACGUGGCCCUAUUAGCCCAAUCAGCAAAAUGAUUUCGUUCGGCAGUAAUCCCUUUGGCCCAAUUCAGUUAAUGCAACCCAUUUUCAUAAAGUUUUAAUGGCUUCCACCCAUUGGAUAGCCCAAUUCAUGGCUGUGGUUUCUGUUCCCGGGCACAAAUGAUCAAAGAGACGACUCUUCAACAAGCCUUUAGCACCAUGACUCUACAAGACCGAGAAGAUGUAGAUUGGUAUAUAGACUCCGGAGCGACAUCACAUCUUCAUGCCAACUCAGGUAUAUAUGGCCCAUCACUAACCC